AUGCCGCGGGAUGCAGCCCCUGACGUCAUGCCCGACAUGAGCCUCUCGGCGCUCUUUGGCGUGCGUGGAAAGAUCGCGCUCGUGACGGGCGGUGCGUCAGGCCUAGGAAAAAUGAUGACAGCGGCGCUGGUCCAAAACGGUGCGCGUGUCUACAUUGCGUCGCGCAAGCUCCACGAUCUCGAAAGCGUCGCCGCAUCGAUGAACGAGACGGCUCGAGGCGGUCCGUGGCCUGCAGGCACGGCCUGCAUCCCUCUCCAAGCCGACUUGAGCUCCAAGGCCGGCUGCGAUGCGCUCGCUGCCGAGCUCGCGCGGCAUACGUCGCGUCUCGAUAUUCUCGUCAACAACUCGGGCCUCACAUGGGGCGGUCCACGCGACGACUUUCCCGAGGACAAGGGCUGGGACAAGGUGUUCCACCUGAACGUCAAGAGCCAGUUCUACCUGACGGUGGCCCUGAUCCCACUUCUCGAGCAGGGCAAGAGCAACACGCAUCAUGCCUCCGUGGUCAACAUCGCGUCUACGGCGGCUAUGAUGCCCCAGGCCAGUGGCGCUCUGUCGCAACCUGGCUCGGGCACGUACAGCUACCAGCCGUCCAAGGCCGCCUCCGUGCAUCUGUCGCGCAUGCUCGCGGUAGACCUCGCUGAGCAGCAUAUUCACGUGAAUGCGAUUUGUCCCGGCGUAUUCCCCAGUCGCAUGACGGCAUGGAGUCUCGGAGAGUUUGGCGAGGCGCUCGAGGCCGGACAGCCCACCGGGAGGAUCGGCACGCCCGAGGACAUAGGCGGCCUGCUUCUCUUCCUUGUGAGUCGCGCAGGAAGCCACGUUACAGGCGCGGCGAUUCCCCUCGACGGUGGUCAGCUCGUCCAGUUCUAUCCGCGGCUCUAA